AUAAGAGCGCUCCGUGCGGGACUUUCUCCUCCAUCACUUCCUCCUCGUGAGCGAUGUGCAGCAGCGGGACGGGGAGCAGAGAGGAGCUGCGCCCGGGACGAGGCACGGCACAGCGGGCACACAGUGGACAGGAGUCCGGGGUCUGCACGGGACCAGCCUGCAGCGCGUGCACCCCUCACGGAAUACAAUGACGCCCUCCAAAGUUUCCUCGUUACUUGUGGUGACAUAUGGACAGGUUAACUUUGCACACGGGGACGCUUUGCUUGGUUUGCUCACACGGACGGGGCCGUGGCGCGUUUUUAAAACCAACUGCUCUCAUCUACGCACUGUACAUGGAUGUAUUAUGAAAACGGAUUAGGAUACCGCCCCCCUUUGCCCCAUCUACAGUUCGACCUGUGGACAAUCGCGGUACUGCAACGCCAACGAUCCCAUCCAGAGCUAUUACUGUUUUCCAUCAGAUAGUGUACUGUAAUGUAUGUACAACUUUUUAGAGUUUGCCUAGAUAACUUUCAGAAUGCUUGAAUAUCAUACUUUCUAUAAUACAAUAUUCUGAACAUGGAAGGUAAUGGUGGAUGAAUAAUUAUACAAUGAAACUGAUAAAAUGGGACAACCACAAACUUUUAUAGUAAUGAAAAAGUUAUUUGGCUCAAAGGGCCAUCAUUAAUUUUGGGGUGAAACAUUGUUUCCCCAUUUAUUACAUUAUAACAGACUAUUGGAGGUUUUGAUGGGGGCCAAGCAGAGCAGCCCUACAGCCAACCCAGCUGCUAACGGCCGGACCAGGGCGUACUCGGGCUCGGACCUGCCCUCCAGCACCAAUGGGGCUGGAGUGAGCAGGACCUCUACUGGAGGGAUGAGGUACCAUGCAUACGGAGCGGCUGGGGCAUCUGGAGCAACAGCAAGUACCAGCAGGAGCAGGUCCAUGGGAGGCCCCGGUGCCCGAGCCCAAUCUGGCAUCAACAUUCCCAGCAGCAGUGGGGUGUACAGCUCCCCUGAGUCUGCAGGCAGCUCCCCAGAGGAAGCGUCCGGGGAGAGGGAGGGAAGGUCUGGCACCGCAGGACAAGAAGGCCCCCGGCUGCUCAUAGGAUCUCUACCAGCACACCUCUCUCCUCAUCUGUUUGGAGGCUUCAAGUGCCCAGUCUGCUCCAAGUUUGUCUCUUCGGAUGAGAUGGACCUGCACCUCGUCCUGUGUCUAACAAAACCUAGAGUCACAUACAAUGAGGACGUCCUGACCAAGGAUGCAGGGGAGUGUGCCAUCUGCCUGGAGGAGCUGACGCAGGGGGACACUAUUGCACGCCUGCCCUGCCUCUGCAUCUACCACAAAGGAUGUAUUGACGAAUGGUUUGAAGUGAACAGAUCAUGUCCAGAGCAUCCAUCUGAUUAAAGCUUUCUUUGCACAGGCACCACACCAUAAGCAUGCCCUGCCCUCCAAUGUUCCAGGAGACUUUGCUGGACCACUGUGACUGUCCGUAAACCCCGCACCCUUUCCCCCCCUCCCACCAACAAAAAUGUAGUACCACAGUGUGCCAAAUCUCAUGUUUUAAAGCAAUCUUCAGGGAAACAAAGUUCAACGUCUGUCUUUGGGUUGCGCACAUCCGCCAGUGUGGUCACAUGAUGCAGGCUGGACCAGUCACGCGGCAGGAUGGGUGUGAUGCGGAAUGUCCCUCAACUUUUAGCAUCUACCAGUGCCUUUGUUGAAAUUGGGACGCUUGGAUGUGGUCAGGAAUGGACUCAAAAUGAAAAGAUUGUCGCAUUUGAGAGGUGAAAAACUACAAAAAAAAGGACUCAAAUAAGGAGACUAAACAUUUCUUCAAAAACUGUUGCAAAAAUGGUGCCAAUCGACUGUGAAUAUUCUCAAUCAUCAGUGCUUUGUAAUCAUGAACUGAAUUGUGGACAUUAUCAGAGAGAGAAGCCUGUAGCCAAUCAAGAGAGACGUUCUACCUGAGCCCAAGAGGGACAAAAUACCCAAACUCACCUGACAGCCAUCAUAAAUAUGGUGUGUUCAGGCCAAAAGGAGUCAAAUAAUAUGCAACAACAUCACAGACGGUAUCAAUAAUGCCUCUUAUUUAGCAAAAUUAAGACUAUUACUUCUGUUUGGGUUUUUUUUGUUUUUGUUUUUUUUUUUCUUUGCAAUUACACAAAUUUUCAGACUGUAUCCACUUCAGGCUUACAGUUGUUGCAGUGGACCUUUGCCAUGCUCUAUAACAGUAGUAUAAAGAGUAUUUUCUACAUUCUAUAAUUGUUUUCAAACCAUCAAAUCAAAUUUGUAUUUAGACUGAUUAAUCCAUAUUUAAAGGUGCACCAUGAAACUUUUUGGAUUGGGAGUCCAUCAUGUGCUUGUUUCUAUGGGUAUGCCAUUCCUCUACCUGGAAUGUUCCACAGUAUGACAUUAAACAGCUCUACUUUACGUUUACUCAAUUAUAAGUGGUUUUAUAGCUCAAAACUACUGAGAAGAACAUGCAUUCAGACUGUGAGUGGAGUUGCCUCUCCACAGAGCCGACUUACUGUAAUUUGGUCUGGUUUGGUCUCCAUGAUGAUAGAAAGGUUUAAUGCCAUACUGUGAAACAUUCCAGACAAAGCAAUAACAUCUCACUGGAGGAAAACAUUUGACAUUUGACACAUUUGAUUACUUCAUAACAGACAAACGCCUAAUAUGUCUUCUUUAACUGAAUGAUUUUGUGAGGAAGCCCAAACUUAAAGCCAUAACUAGCCAUAGCAUUGCAAUGAUUUUAAGUUUGUUUCCUUUCUCUGUUUCCUAAAAAAAAAAAACAUUAACUCAAAAAGAUUUCUAUUCAAAUGAACCACACAACACAAUAUUGUCUGCCACGAUGUAAAUGUAAAUAAAAUGGCACCACAAACCAAAUGCACAAGACUCAACGUGUCAUCUGUAGGGAAGCACAACAUUUUAAUAUUCACACACUGCAGUUCUAAAAAUAUUCAGUAAAACAAUUGUGUUUUAAAAAUAUUUUCCACACUGUGCUCAAACAGGGAUACUGGCUUUCUUGUUUUGGUCUGAACACACCAUGAGAUGCAAAGUUUUUUUUGUUUUUUUGUUUUUUUAAUCUUAAAUUGUACAAAUGAAAUAAAAUGAAUAUUCCCCUGCAGCUUUAGGGACCACAGGUAUCAGAUGUUUUUUUUUUUUAUUUGUUUGUUUAAUUAUCAUUAGGUUUUUUACAUGUUUGUCUUGUUUAGCAAUAAAACUGUUCUUCAAAUUUGUGGAAAAUAUAUGAAACUUGAAUCCAAUGUUUUUGUGUUGAAUUUAAAAUCAAAUCAUAUUAAUUGGAUAUUAUGAUUACAGAUGUUGAAGUAUCUCAAUUAAUUAGGUUUCAAGGUAUUAAGAAUUCUUCAAGAGACGAUAAAAAAUGAUUGACCAUGCUAAACAAUCAGUGGCUUUUAACAGUAAUUAGAAAAUGAGAAAGUCUUGGUUGUGGCAGCUUUCAAAAUAAACAAAAAGGGUUCUGCUUGGUUUCUAGGAUUACAGUACAAUAAAAUAAUAAUUUAAUAUUUCAAAAUUUUCUGGUAAUUCAUAAACAUUCAAACUGCUGUAAACUACAAUUAUGUUUGAGAUCAUAAAGCUUAGGUAAAGGUG